AUGGCUAGUCCCAAAGCAGUAGGGGCUGCAUUGUUGGUUCUGCUUCUUGUAGACCUUUGCAUUGCAAUAAGACCACCAUAUUCCAGAAGUGGCGGUGGUGGUGGCGGUGGCGGUGGAGGUGGAGGUGGAGGUGGAGGUUUUGGUAAUGAUGGCUCCGGAUAUGGUUAUGGCUCCGGCAGUGGAAGUGGAAGUGGGUAUGGUGGUGUAGGUGGAGGAAGUGGAGGUGGAGGAGGUGGAGGUGGAGGUGGAGGUGGAAGUGAAGGUUAUGGGUCUGGAUAUGGCUCAGGAAGUGGUUCCGGUUAUGGUGGCGCAAGUGGAGGAUAUGGUAGUGGAGAAGGAGGGGGUGGGGGAAGUGGGGGAGGUCAUGAAGGUUCUGGUUCUGGAUAUGGAUCCGGAUAUGGUUCGGGAAUAGGGUCUGGUUAUGGCGGUGCAAAAGGAGGAUAUGGUGGUGGAGAAGGAGGUGGUGGAGGAAGUGGUGGAUGGGGAGGUAAUGAAGGUUUUGGUUCUGGAUAUGGCUCGGGAAGCGGGUAUGGUUAUAGUGGUGGUGUAAGUGGAGGAUAUGGUAGUGGAGAAGGAGGAGGCGGAGGAAGUGGAGGAGGGGGAGCUGGAUAUGGAUCUGGAUCAGGAAAAGGUUCAGGAUAUGAAAGUGUACCAACUGUUGGGUAUGGUAGUGGAGGAGGAGGAGGCGGAGGCAGUGGGGGUGGGAAUGGAAUAGGUCAUGGAGAUUCAAGUUCUGGGUACGGCUCUGGUUAUGGAUCAGGAUAUGGCUCUGGUAGUGGUAAAGGUGGAGGUAAGGGAGAGGGAGGUGGAAGUGGGGGAGGUGGAGGUGGAGGGAAGGGAGGCUAUGAUUCUGGUUACGGUUCAGGUUAUGGAUCAGGAUAUGGUUCUGGUAGUGGUAUAGGUGGAGGUAAGGGCGAGGGAGGUGGAAGUGGCGGAGGUGGAGGUAAGGGAGGCUAUGGUUCUGGUUACGGAUCAGGUUAUGGAUCAGGAUAUGGUUCUGGUAGUGAUAUAGGCGUAGGUAGGGGAGGUGGAAGUGGCGGGGGAGGUGGAAGUGGCGGAGGUGGAGGUAAGGGAGGCUAUGGUUCUGGUUACGGAUCAGGUUAUGGAUCAGCAUAUGGUUCUGGUAGUGAUAUAGGUGUAGGUGGGGGAGGUGGAAGCGGUGGAGGAGGAGGUGCAUCAGGACAUGGUCGGGGGUAUGAAUCUGGGUCAGGUUCAAGUUAUGGAACAGGAAAUGAAAAUGGUCGUAAUAAUGGUAACUAA